ACGCUUCAAUCCGAUUCAUCCGGAUCGUUGCGCCUAUUUUGCCGAUAUAUUUUAUUUUUCAUUUUACCGAUAAUAUAUCAAUGAAAAAGGAUAAUAUUAAUUAAAAAAAAAAAAAAAAACGUUUGAACAGCAUGCGUUAAUGAAAAAUCGUUCAAUCUAUGACCAAACAACGCUGCAAUUGUUCUUUUCGAUUGACCGUGUGUGCUCGAUCGGUGUUUCAUGUGUGUGGUAUGUGGUAGUGUCAAAGGAAAUUUGAAAAACUAAUUCUACCUCCGGAGAAGAGAUAUCGAGGGUGGAAAAUUACAUAUCGACUCUACGCGACCGCUAUGACCACUAGUAUGAAGCAGACAGUCAUCAAAAAUCCAACAUGGUGGAAGCGCCGUUCAGCCCUAGAACGAGGACUAACGGUGAUCGCCGUUUCUGGCAUUCUUUUAUGCAUUGCCCUUGCAGUUGGCAUUGCAGUGGUCAUAUCAAAUUCUGGUUCAUGUGACGUUCCAGGUUCCAGAGCAGUACCUGCUAAAACAGAGAUGCUCCCAUCCACAGCCGAAGCUCUGGGAGGUCAAGGACCACGAUACGGGAUACAAACUGUUUGUAAACCGGGAGAAUCAAAAAAUGAAUGUAAUUCAACGGGUUGCAUUCAUGCAGCAUCCCGGAUCCUGAUGAACAUGGACCCUGACGUCGAACCUUGCGAUGAUUUUUAUCGAUUUGCAUGCGGCGGCUUCCUCAAGCGAACGGUUAUACCCGACGAUAAAACCAGCGUAAAUACUUUUAGCGUUAUUAGUGACGAGUUGCAAGAGCAAAUAAAAGGAAGUAUCAAGGCUGAAAGCGAACCCGGUGAACGCAAGCCGUUCAGACUCGUUAAGACUCUCUAUAAGUCUUGUAUGAACAAAACAGCGAUCGAGGCCGAAGGACUUCAACCUCUUCAUGCGACUUUGAAGAAACUCGGUGGUUGGCCGGUUCUCGAUGGUGAUUUAUGGAACGAUGGUGACUUUGAUUGGAGAAGCUCUGUAUACAAAUUCCGGGAUGCUGGAUACUCUGUCGAUUAUUUCAUCGAUUUCAGCAUCGGUGUAGAUUUGAAAAACAGCACGAAACGAGUUAUCGAUCUUGAUCAAGCAGCUCUGGGACUAUCUCGCGAAUAUCUGUCGAAGGGUUUCGAAGAUAAAAUCGUCGCAGCUUACUACAGUUAUAUGGUGGAUAUCGCCGUUAUUCUUGGAGCUCCGAAAGAACGUGCCAUGCAAGAACUCAAAGAGUCAUUGCGUUUCGAGAUGAAACUUGCGAACAUUUCAUUGCCGAACGAGAAACGGCGUAAUGCAACUCAACUGUACAAUCCGAUGACACUUACGGAACUGACGAAAAACUAUCCAAGUAUACCUUGGAAGGAAUACUUUAGCAGAUUGUUACCACCAUCUAUCACCAUUGAAGAAGACGAAAUUGCAAUUGUCGACGUACCGAGUUAUAUUAGCAAUUUUGAGAAGUUGAUAUCCGAGACUCCAAAAAGAGUUCAAGCAAAUUACGUGAUGUGGAGGGCUGCAGCGGCUUCUGUAAGCUACCUGAACGAUGAUAUACGUAAAAGGCAGUUGGCCUAUUCUACAGCAGUCAGCGGACGUACGGAACGUGAGUCAAGAUGGAAAGAAUGCGUUGACAUAGUUUCCGAAAGUCUUUCGAUUAGCGUCGGCGCUAUGUACGUACGGCAAUACUUCAACGAAGACGCUAAGAAAAAUGCCGUCGAAAUGGUGACGGACAUCAGAGAACAAUUCACAAAAAUUUUGAAAACGGUCGACUGGAUGGAUGAAAAAACACGUAGAAGCGCCCUCGAAAAAGCAGCAUCUAUGUCCAGUCAUAUUGCUUAUCCCGAUGAGUUGUUAGACGACGACAAGAUCGAAAAGUUUUACGAAAAUCUCGAACUCUCCGAAGGCAAUUAUCUCGAAAGUAUUUUGAAUCUGACGCUAUUUGGAACGGAAUACUCGUUCAGUAAACUGCGCAAACCUGUCAAUAAAACUGAUUGGCUAUCCCACGCGAGACCGGCGAUAGUUAAUGCGUUUUAUUCUUCGAUCGAGAACAGUAUUCAAUUUCCCGCUGGUAUUCUCCAAGGUGCUUUCUUCGAUAACGAUCGGCCAAAAUACAUGAAUUAUGGUGCCAUUGGAUUUGUCAUCGGUCAUGAAAUAACCCAUGGAUUCGACGAUCAAGGCCGGCAGUUUGAUAAAAAUGGCAAUCUCGUAGAUUGGUGGGAGUCAUCAACCAAAGAAAAUUAUCUCGAGCGUGCGUCGUGCAUAGUCAAUCAAUACGCAAAUUACACUGUCGAAGAAGUUGGCCUCAAAUUAAAUGGUAUUAACACGCAAGGUGAAAAUAUCGCGGACAACGGCGGAAUUAAAGAAGCAUACCUUGCAUACAAUAGUUGGGCUGAGAGAAACGGACAGGAAGCAAAGUUGCCCGGCAUCGAUAGGACGCCACAACAAAUGUUCUGGAUAAGUGCAGCGAACACUUGGUGCUCGGCAUACAGACCGGAGGCAUUGAAACUUCGUAUCACUACAGGCUUCCAUAGUCCCGGCGAAUUCCGAAUUUUGGGUCCGUUGUCUAAUAUGCCCGAAUUUGCGAAAGAUUUCAAUUGCCCUCUGGGGUCCAAAAUGCAUCCUAAGACGAAAUGUUCCGUUUGGUAAAUAUUUUACCUACAAGCUCGUUUGACUCGGCUUGAAAUUUUUUUAAAAUGACGAUAACAUUCGUCAAUGAGAUGUUAUCCUCUUUUGUAAAACAACUUUGAAAACAAUAUCAUCGUAUAUUGUACGAAAUAAGUUUACGAUUGUUCAUGAAUCGAAACAUCAUAACGAUUCUUUCGAAAUAUAAGCAAAGGUAUUUGUGAACAAUUUUUGAGAGAUAAACAAUGCUCUUUCGUUUAAGUUUGAAUGACACUCCGCAAUCAAUUCAAAACGAAUAGCCAAUUUUGUAAGUCGACAAACGUGACAUCUUUCAACCUAUCCUAAAAAGUCUUACAUAUUACGUUCUCCAAUUCGAUGUCGCCUUAGACUUUUUUCUGUAACCUCGAAACUGUACAGAAAAUAUCUGUUUGAAAAAAUGACAUCGCAGAACUGUUUUCUCUACUAAGGGACAUCGCAUUAUUCUGACCAUUAAAAAAUGGAGGGAAUCUCAGUUAUGUCAAUUUCAGCAUAAAACUUGAAUUUUUUGGACACCGACUAUUCUUUAGCAGAUACACGAAAUAUGAGAAGAAAUCCAUUAUGAAUGUCCCUUCGGCUCCAAUUUUUUUUUCGCAAAACAGUAUUUCGAGUUGCGGAGCUUUACCGAAAUUUUGUCAGGAUAAUGAUUGCACAUACAAUUACCGUUUUAUCCAAUUGAAAUCGAGUUGAAAUCUAUAUUUGUAAGCUAAAAGUUGAUGAAUUUUUGUCUCUUAGAGACGUUUAUCACAUAUUAUUCUGAUCUAUUUGAAUGGGAGCGUUCCAUUCUAAGUACGAUUAAAAGUCGACAAAAUGAAAAAUAAUUACGAAAUGAUAUUAUUUUUCGCACUGAUGGAAGAAGGAAAAAUCAAUGGACUCGUAAUGGCGAAAAAAAAAUUGUCUGAUAUGACUUUCAUCGAAACGUAACCACGAUAGAUACAUGUAAAUAGUAUGAAUGAAGAAGGAAGGGACGAUCAGUUGAAUAACCGAUGCAUUACGAUUUGGUGAAAAUAACGGUUCCAUAAGUACUACAAUUCGCGUUAUACGUGACAGAUCUCCGAAAAUGAACUUUCGGAAUAAUACAAAAACACAAAGACGCACGUGUAUAUACAUACGUGUAUUUACAUGUUAUUUUGGUAAAAUCACAAGACAAAUGAUUGUCUUUAAACAUUGUAUGUGGGUUUGGCUUGGCCGAAAAGAAAAUGAAAAAGCGCAAACCGUUUGACUGAAAAAUUGUUGGAAAAAAGUUUCGAGUUAUCGCUUCGCAUGCACAAAAAAUUAAACAUUUUUCUCAUAAGUACUUAGAAAACGUAGUAUUAAGUUGUGAGUCGAUGUAGCCAUGAAUUACAUAAGAAAUGUAUUACAUGGUUUGAGCGCAUUGUAAUUUGAUCCAUAUAUUUCGUAUUGCCUUCUACAAUAGUUUUUCUUUGUGGAAUAAUACAUUAUUUCGUUCUUUCAUAGAUUCAAGUUUUGUUAUUGUUCAAGGUGCAACUGCAGUAUUCAUUACAAUCAACUUGAAGCGUUCAUCAUCAAAUGUACCGGUAAAACGGAAGCAAGCUGUAUCUAUUUCACUUUGUACUUGUUAGGAGACAUUUUUUAAGGGUACAAUAAAAAUAACUCGAAAAAUA